GAAAAUCUCCAACUAGCCAUAGCUUUAGAUAACACACGAUAAGAGCAUCUGCAUUAUAAAUACAGACUCAUAUUCAUCUUACAAAAUCACCAUUGAUAAGGAUACAAUUAUCAAAAGCAUAACAAUCUUUUCAAUUUCAUUGCAAUAUAAUACACGAUGGCCGCAUCAUCAUCAUCAUCCAUGGCUCUCUCUUCUCCAACCUUGGCUGGCAAGCAACUCAAGCUGAACCCAUCAAGCCAAGAAUUGGGAGCUGCAAGGUUCACCAUGAGGAAGUCUGCUACCACCAAGAAAGUAGCUUCUGUUGGGAGCUUUGGGAUGUGUCUUCCCAGAGCUUUUGUCUCGCAACGGUGUUAAAUUCGGCGAAGCUGUGUGGUUCAAGGCAGGAUCUCAAAUCUUUAGUGAGGGUGGACUUGAUUACUUGGGCAACCCAAGCUUGGUCCAUGCUCAAAGCAUCCUUGCCAUAUGGGCCACUCAGGUUAUCUUGAUGGGAGCUGUCGAAGGUUACCGUAUUGCCGGUGGGCCUCUCGGUGAGGUGGUUGAUCCACUUUACCCAGGUGGAAGCUUUGAUCCAUUGGGCUUAGCUGAUGAUCCAGAAGCAUUCGCAGAAUUGAAGGUGAAGGAACUCAAGAACGGUAGAUUAGCCAUGUUCUCAAUGUUUGGAUUCUUCGUUCAAGCUAUUGUAACUGGAAAGGGUCCUUUGGAAAACCUUGCUGAUCAUCUUGCAGACCCAGUCAACAACAAUGCAUGGUCCUAUGCCACCAACUUUGUUCCCGGAAAAUAAACACUCUUUUCUUUAUGUUUUUGGUCAAGUAUACUUUGUUGUAAUGUUCUUCCCAAUUCAAUGUGAAUUAUUAUCUUUAUCAUUAUCAUGUGUGUAUGCAUAGCUUAACUAAUACAAGAUGAUGGAUGCUUUUUUUUUACCAAA